AUGAGAGGUGCUACUGUUUUCUGCCAUCUGGACGUGACAGAUGCCUACACCCAUCUACCCAUUGAUGAAGAGUUUAGUCACAUACUUACGCUGAACACGACCACACAUGGACUUAUUCGUCCUACGCGUGCUGUAUACGGAGCAGCAAAUAUCCCGGCAAUUCGGCAGCGUCGAAUGGAAUCGGUCCUUCAAGGAUUAGACGAUGUUGUCGUUAAUUUCUACGAUGACAUAAUCGUCUUCGCAAAAGACUUCGUCAGUCUCCUCCAAGCACUAACGGUCACCUUGGAUAGAUUGAGAACAAGUGGGCUACGUCUCAACCGAACAAAAUGCGUAUUUGCAACAUCAUCUCUCGAAUGUUUGGGCCACCGGAUUGAUCGCCAUGGAUUGCACAAAUCUGAACAACACGUUGAAGCUGUUCGCAACGCACCUAGACCGACGACUCCAGAUGAACUACAACUGUUCCUUGCAAGAUGCUUACGCAUUAUGCUCCUAGCUGACUCGUUUGAGUGGACAGCGGACGCAGAAAAGGCCUACCUUGACCUGAAAGAAGCUUCGAUAUCACCCCAAGUUCUAAUGCAGUAUGAUCCGACAUUACCGCUGAUACUGGAAACAGGCGCAAGCCAAACAGGGCUGGGUGCCGUGUUAUCACAUCGAUUGCAGAAUGGACUGGAACGGCCAAUUGCGUAUGCAAGUACUGCCCUAUCGAAUACAGAGCAACGCUACCCCCAAAUUGAUAAAGAAGCGCUGGCUAUAGUUUGGGCAGUGAAAAGGUUUUUUCACUAUCUGUACGCUAAGAGAUUCACCUUUAUCACGGAUCAUAAGCCGCUCACUCAGAUACUACACCCUGAGAAAUCAUUGCCUUCAUUGUGCAUCAGCCGGAUGGCAAAUUAUGCAGAUUAUCUGGCACAUUUUGACUUCAAUAUCGUUUAUAAGCCAACAAAAGAACAUACGAAUGCAGAUUACUGCUCACGAAUUCCAAAUAAAGUAUAUCCAAUUGCCAAUUGCUUACAUUUUGAGCACAUAGUGGUCAUACCACCUACACUCAGGCAAGCGAUAUUGAAUGAUCUUCAUGCAGCACAUCUAGGAGUCGUAAAGAUGAAAAGCAUAGCACGGUCUUUUGUCUACUGGCCGGGUAUCGACUCGGAUAUCGAGAAAGCGGUUCGAUCUUGCAGUAAUUGUGCUCGGAAUGCCCCUGCUCCGCCAAAGUUUAGUACUCAUCAUUGGGAAUAUCCAAAAGGACCGUGGGAGCGCAUCCACAUAGAUUAUGCGGGGCCUGUCGCGGACACUAUGCUUCUGAUUAUUGUUGAUGCCUACAGCAAGUGGGUUGAGGUUAAAACCACAUCUACAUCGAACACAGCGGCAACAAUCAGCAUCCUUGACGAUCUAUUUUCUACAUACGGUGCUCCAACGACGCUGGUUACCGAGGCAGAGUUCAAGAGGUUUCUGCAGAUGAGUGGUGUUAAAUACCACAAACUUUCAACACCAUAUCACCCGUCCAUAAACGGUCAUGCUGAACGUUAUGUACAGACCGUGAAACAAAAACUUAAAUCCAUGGGCACAACGAAAGGUACUCUAAAAGCGAACAACAACGAGUUCCUACGCCAGUACAGAAAAACAGCACACUCCAAAACAGCAGAAUCGCCUGGCAAGCUCUUUUUUAGGACGCAAUGUACGAACCCGGCUGAACUUGGUUAA